AUGAGUUCAUCAGGACGCGCACCACUAAGAUGGUGGUUUGCGAUGCUAAAUCUUCAACGGCAGUCCUACGUCUCGUGGCAUCGAGAUAGAAUUCGAGAGGAACUAUGCGAGCGUCGAAUUGCAGAGUCAUGUUGGCAAAAACGAAGUGAAACUGCAGAUGUGCUUUUCUCAAUCACCCGGGCCCGAUACGAUGGGUUCUCAAUACGAAAUCCUUCUUGUUUGUCCGGCAUCCACUCUAGCCCGAUCUACAUGUACAUGUUGGCAAAGUACACAUCGCGAUGGUCAUUUUUCAAAGUGGCUGCCUUCUUCUGUAAUGCCCGGCACUGGAAUCUGGUAAAUGAGGUGGUGAAUCCAAGCAAAGAUCACAAACUCAGAGAAGUAGCUUCCCGCCAUGAGAUUGAUCAGAAAGACUUCCACCGAGUUAGCUGUCGGCUGAGGCGUAUCUGGCCUCUGCUUCCAUGA